AUGGCGACGCUGGGAGGCGAGUCCCAGCCGUUCCCCGCUGGCCUGGCGGCGGCCGGGACGCUGCACCCCCAGCAACUCGGCGGGGGCGCCGGCUCGCUCGGCUACAACCUGCCGCUCAGCCGCGCCCUGGAGCGGGCGCUGGAGGAGGCGGCGCACUCCGGGGGGCUCAGCCUGAGCGCCAGGAAGCUGAAGGAGUUUCCGCGGGGCGCGCCCCGGCACGACCUCUCCGACACCGUGCGGGCAGAUCUGUCCAAGAAUAGAUUAACUGAAGUUCCUAUGGAGCUGUGCCAUUUUGUGUCACUGGAAACACUAAAUCUAUACCACAAUUGUAUUAAAAUUAUUCCAGAUGCUAUAGUGAAUUUACAAAUGCUGACUUACUUAAAUUUGAGUCGAAAUCAGCUUUCUUCUUUGCCAGCUUGCCUGUGUGGUCUUCCUCUAAAAGUCUUAAUUGCAAGUAACAAUAGGCUAGGUUCCCUUCCAGAAGAAAUAGGUCAGCUAAAACAGUUAAUGGAACUGGAUGUCAGCUGCAAUGAAAUCACAGCUUUGCCACAGCAGAUAGGCCAGUUGAAAUCUCUAAGAGAACUGAAUAUCAGAAGAAAUUACCUCAAGGUUUUACCACAAGAACUAAUAGAGCUUCCCUUGGUAAAGUUUGACUUUUCCUGCAAUAAAGUGCUCGUGAUUCCAAUUUGUUUUAGAAAGAUGCUGCAGUUACAAGUAUUAUUGCUUGAGAACAAUCCUCUGCAGUCCCCACCAGCACAAAUUUGUAUAAAGGGUAAAGUGCACAUAUUCAAAUAUCUGAGCAUACAGGCAUGCCAGAUUAAAACAGCAGACUCACUUUAUCUUAAUGCCAUAGAACGACCACACUUGCAGCAACCUGUGGAAGAGAGCAUUGAUGAUAUAUAUCCAAGUAAAAAGGAUUCUGAUUCAGGUGUUGGCAGUGAUAACGGAGAUAAACGUUUGUCAGCUACAGAGCCCUCUGAUGAAGAUACUGUCUGCCUUAAUGUACCAAUGUCAAACAUUAUGGAAGAAGAUCAGAUUAUAAAGGAAGAUUCGGGUCACCACAUCAACCUAGUCCAAGAAUUUCAUCAGGGACCUUCACUCAUGAUUCACAUUGAGAAGGCAAGAGAAGCAGGAAACCAGUUUGCUGAAGGAUCACAUCCCCUCACGACUGAAUUUAUGAGCUACAUCAAGGGCAGAGCAGCAGAAUGUGAUGAAUUAUUGCGAAUAGAAGAGGACACACAUUGGCAAACAGAAGGAAUAACAAAUACAUCAAACAAGCAAAAUAUUGAUAUAGCCAUGAAAGAUAAUUUAAAAGAAGCAGUAGAUUUGCUACAAGAUCCCAACAGAUUAAGCAUGGAUAUUACAGAGAGCAGUGGUGUGAAUCUGUAUCCCAUGGAAUCAACAACAGAUUUAGAAUUACAGGAGUCUACAGUAAAUGGCCAAACGCAGAUGGAGGAGGCACCUAUCUAUCAGAAUGAAAAUGCUGAGGAAGGACUAGAAUUUCAGAAGAGGAGAGAAUUGAUUAUAGAGAAAACCAAGACUGAAGCCAAAACAGCAUAUAAGCAGGAUGAGACGCAACUACUGAGUCAGAAUGAUCUGAUUGUCUGGAAUAUUGGAGGAUGCAGUUCUCACAAUGAGAGUAAGGAAAAGACUCCCACACAAUCUUCUACUACAAACAACACAGCUCCUUUUGGCCUGAAGCCACGGUCAGACCCACCCCUCACUCUUCCUCCUAUCUCCUUCAACAAACUUACACAGGCUCAGACAUGGGACAACUAUAGCUACAGUAUCCCAUCUGAAGGGGACAGUGACAAUGUAUUUUUUAAGACCUCAGAGAAAAUUGGAAUCCAUAGACCCUCAAUUUACAAUUCGAGGAACAUGGAAACAGAUGAGAGAGAGAGAGAGACUUGUGGAGCAAUUGCGUGAGAACAUUGAAAUGAGACUAAAGAUUUGUUUGCCUGAAGACUUGGGGUCUGCUCUUAUGGAUGGGGUCGUUCUCUGUCAUUUAGUCAA